UCAUCCAUUAUCAAUUCUUGAAAGAGACCACAUAAAUAGGGCGUGCGUCAGUGAAUUUAUAAAUAAUCUUUGGAAGGCUUCCCGGCAGUUAACUUCGAAAGCCAAAAACAUGGAGAACGAUUUGAAGGGCAAGACUAUUCUCGUUACAGGAGCUGGUCUAGGUAUUGGUAAUGCUUUGUGUAAGCGUCUUCACCAGUUAGAAUGUAAGGUAAUUGGAGUUGACAAAGAUGCUGCCCAACUAGAGGUUCUUAAAAAAGAAUGUCCAGGAACAAGCACCAUCGCUGUAGACUUGUCUGAUUGGAAGAAAACCAAGGCUGCUUUGAAGGAUGUUGAACCAUUGGACGGGCUAGCGAACAUUGCAGGUGUAACGAUUGUUAAGCCAUUCGAAGAAUUCACCGAAGAAGAAUUUGAUUUCAUCUUCAAUGUGAACAUCAAGGGAGUGUUCAAUGUAACUCAAACAUUGUCUCCAAAAUUGAAGGAUGGUGCAGCCGUUGUGAAUAUGUCGUCUCAAGCAGCUCGCCGUGCAUUACUCGGACACACAGUCUACACAGCAAGUAAAGCGGCAGUCGAUUAUCUUUCGAAAAGCUUAGCGCUCGAAUUCGGUCCUCGUAAAAUUCGAGUGAACUCCCUAAACCCAACUGCGAUUCUCACAAAUAUGGGACGUGCCGUAUGGAGUGACCCAGCCAAAUCGGGUCCACUAUUGAACCGUAUACCUUUGCGCCGGUUCGGAGAAGUACAUGAAGCCGUCGAUGCUCUCGUUUUCCUGCUAAGUAAUAAGUCGUCUUAUAUCAAUGGACAUUCGCUUCCUUUGGAAGGUGGUUACUCCGUAGCUUAGGCGUCUCUUUCAAAUAAUUGAAACCAGAAUAUCUAAUAAAAUAUCCGUUCUAUAUUACAAA